UAACAACUUACCAGCAUGAAAAGCGGGUAAUAACAGCACUGGCUAAUGCCGCCAUUGCGCUACCUGUGUUUUUCCCAAAUCAAAGAUGCCGGCGAUGCACGAGCUGCGUAAGCAGCCUCAGCCCAGUUACCCAGUGUUGCGGUGGCUGUGAUACGUCAUGGCACGGAAGUCCAGCAGCGACAGUCAGGGUUUGCUGCAGGAGUGGAGCAGAUUGUUGUACCCAGCAAGAUUGAAAACAGGCCUUCCUGACAAGGCAAGAUGCAGAGCACAGCAAAUUAUCUGUGGCUGCUUUCAGAUAUCCUGGGGCAGGGAGCAACUGCAAAUGUGUUUCGUGGACGCAAUAAGAAAACAGGAGACUUGUAUGCUGUCAAAGUUUUUAACAACUUGAGCUUCCUACGUCCUGCGGAUGUUCAAACAAGGGAAUUCGAAGUUCUAAAAAAGCUUAAUCACAAAAACAUUGUCAAACUUUUUGCAAUUGAGGAAGAGAUGUCUAGUCGUCAUAAGGUGCUGGUUAUGGAGUUCUGCCCUUGUGCAAGUUUGUACUCCGUGCUGGAAGAACCUUCAAAUGCAUAUGGGUUACCAGAAUCAGAGUUUCUUAUUGUGUCUCGGGAUGUAGUGGCAGGAAUGAACCACCUCAGAGAAAAUGGGAUAAUUCAUAGAGAUAUCAAGCCUGGAAACAUCAUGCGAGUGGUUGGUGAAGAUGGGCAAUCCGUGUACAAGCUGACAGACUUUGGUGCAGCCAGGGAAUUAGAGGAUGAUGAACAGUUUGUUUCUCUCUAUGGCACUGAAGAAUAUUUGCACCCAGACAUGUAUGAGCGUGCCGUGCUUAGGAAAGAACACCAGAAGAAGUAUGGUGCCACUGUGGAUUUGUGGAGCAUUGGGGUGACGUUCUACCAUGCUGCCACUGGCAGUCUUCCAUUUAGACCCUUUGAGGGACCACGCAGAAACAAAGAAGUCAUGUACAAAAUAAUUACUGGGAAACCAUCUGGUGCAAUAUCUGGUGUGCAGAGAACUGAAAAUGGCCCAAUAGAAUGGAACUGGGACUUACCCCUUAGCUGCAAUUUGUCCUUUGGUUUGCAAUUUCUAUUCACACCAGUGCUGGCAAAUAUUCUAGAAGCUGACCAGGAGAAAUGUUGGGGUUUUGACCAGUUCUUUGCAGUAACUAAUGAUAUUUUCCAUCGGAUUGUAGUUAAUGUCUUCUCACUUCAGCAAAUGACACUCCACAAGAUAUACAUUCAUGCUUAUAAUAUGCCAGCAGAGUUCCAUGACCUGGUGUAUAAGCAGACAAAGAUCCCAUCCCAGAACCAAGAGCUGCUCUAUGAAGGAAGAAGACUGGUAUUAGAAGCAGGCAGACUGGCCCAGCACUUCCCUUUGACCACAGAAGAAAACCCUAUUAUUGUGAUCACAAGAGAGAUGGUGACCAUCAUUGGGCUACGAUAUGAGGAAAUACCGCUAAUGAAACUUCAAACGCAUUACGACUUGGAUAUAGAUGCCAACAUGGCCAAGGCAGUAACUGGGGUUGUUUGCUACUACUGUAGAAUUGCUUCAUCUUUGCUACUCAUGCAGGAGCUUAUGCGAAAAGGAAUAUCUUGGCUUAUUGAAGUAAUGAAGGAUGAAUAUAAUGAAACUGUUCACAAGAAUACUGAAGUCACUCUCAAAUUUAACUUCUGCAACAGAACCAUAGAAAAAGACCUGAAAACAUAUGAACAUAUGAUUCAGAUGAGCGUGGAAUCCGAAAUCUAUGAAAUACAUUCCAAGCUGCUCCGGCUUUCUAGCUCCCAGCAAAAUCUAGAAACUUCACUGCGGGACAUUAAGAAUGAAUUGUCUCCUGUAGGUCUCCUGACUGACUCCUGGAUCAAUGUUGAAGGCACACGUCCAAGUGACAGAAAUGCAGAAAAAUUACAAGUGUUGCUCAGUUUGCUAAUGGAAAUCAGCUGUCAGUUCAAAAAGGACAAAGCACAACGCAGGCUUUUAUACAAUGAAGAACAAAUACACAAGUUUGACAAGCAAAAACUGUGCAUCCAUGCAACAAAAGCCUUCACACUGUACAAGGAUGAAUGUGUUGGCAAGUAUGAAGCGUUCCGCAACAAAGCCCAGGACUGGAUGAGGCAAAUGAUUCUCUUAAGGAAACAGCUCUUCACCCUCAAAAGCCAGAGUUUUGAUAUUGCAGAAGAAGUGUCCAAAUGUCAGCAUUACAUUAAUGAGUAUCAAGAAUCCAUUGCACAGAAAAUGUUUUCUAAUUCUGGGGGAAUAAAACCAGCAGUGAACACAAUCUACACAAGUCCCAACACCUUAGUGGAAAUGACGCUCGGAAUGAGGAAACUGAAAGAAGAGAUGGAGGGGGUUGUCAAAGAGUUGGCAGAAAAUAAUCAUAUCUUGGAAAGGUUCGGGGCUCUGACCAUGGAUGGUGGCUUCAGGAACGUGGACUGCAUAUAGUGAUCAGAAGAGAUUGCUCAUCUACCCACAUGUGGCAUUUACAUUGGACCUUAGCCCCUUGCCUGCUUCCUUAUCUGUAAUUUCAGUGCCAGAGAUUUAUGUAUAUAUAUAUAUGUACUAUAUUGUGAAUAUAUUGAAAUAGUUGAGUUUAAUUAUUUUGAUUAUGUUACUAUUGCUGUUAAACAGAUUUGUCUUACUGUACUCACACCACUGUAACUUUCAGUUGAUUUGUGUACAGGAGAUAUAUAAAUAUAACAUGUAUAAAUGUAACAUCUAAAGUAAAUGACUUUGAAUCACGAAGUACAAUUAUAUAGUAUUUUACUUAUAA